AUGGAUGAGACCAAAUUCACGGUGAUUAUUGUCGGGGGGUCCAUUGCGGGUCUUUCACUGGCACAUUGUCUACAAAGGGCAGGCAUCGAAUGCACCGUUCUCGAGAAACGAGCCCAGAUUACAGCCCAUGAAGGGGCCUCUGUUGGGAUUAUGCCCAAUGGAGGCCGAAUCCUGAAGCAGCUGGGCAUGUAUGACGCCGUGGAGAAGCUCAUCGAGCCUAUGCGUGUAGCCCAUGUUCGCUAUCCAGAUGGCUUCCAUUUCAGCAACCCGUACCCCGAGGCUAUGCAUGAAGCCUUCGGAUUCCCAAUGGCUUUCAUUAGUCGGCAGGCGCUACUCCACAUUCUGUAUCAUGGGUUUCCUGACAAGUCCAAGAUACACGUGGGCGAGACUGUUGUUCGGAUUGAUCAUCAUUCCAGUGGGGUACAGGUACAUACUCGAGAUGGACGAUCUUAUAAAGGUGACCUAAUCGUUGGGGCCGACGGCGUCCAUAGUUGUGUGCGGACACAAAUGUGGCACCUCGCCGAUACGCUGCGGCCAGGCACCAUCCCGAAGAACGAAAAGAACGGGAUGACAGUGAGUUAUGCCUGUAUCUUCGGCAUUUCCACGGAGAUUCCUGGAUUGGACAUUGGCAACCUGCAUAUCAGCGUCUAUGACGGGAAGUCCUUCAUCAUUGCCCCUGGGCUUCAGGGCCAGCUUUCCUGGUUCGUGGUUUUGAAAUUGGAUAAGACAUACGCAUACGGCAGUGCACCCCGUUUCUCGUCCACCAAUGCUUCCUUAAUAUGCGAACAGCUGAAGGACAUGUACAUAUGGAAGGAUAUUCAGUUCUCGCAGAUAUGGGAAAGGCAACAGACAUACUCCAUGACUCCGUUGGAAGAAAAUAUCUUUCAAAAUUGGCACUUCGGACGGAUGGUCUGUAUCGGCGACAGCAUGCACAAGAUGACGCCGAACCUCGCACAGGGUGCCAACUGCGCCAUUGAAGAUGCUGCUUCUCUGGCCAACGUGUUAUAUGACGCUCUGAAAAGAGGAAGCUACCCCCACAGCCUCUCUGAUCAGCAGAUUGACUACCACCUGUCCCGAUUCAAUAAGUUGCAAGUUGGUCGUAUGGCGGGAAUUUACAAGGCUUCACGCAUGGUGGUGAAACUACAGACACGCGAUAACCUUCUUUGGAAGUUUGUCUUGCGGUAUUACGUGCCAUACUCUGGAAAUGACCCGAUUGAAAGAGCUAUGGAGAUUCUUGAUAAGGCAACGGCGUUGACCUUCAUUCCACUACCACAGCGCUCAGGUCCUCGCUGGAUGAUAUCCAAGAAGAAGAAAGAAACAACUUUCGCAUGGCCUGGGGCUGUUUUACUGAUUUUGACGAUGGCGUUGUUGUGGUAUCGCUCUGGCAAGCUCCAGAAGGUAAUCCUGGCGUCUAGAAGUCUCGUGGAUAAUACACCCGACCCAGGUUCGACUAUCGACUUGAUGCAUUUGUUUGAAUCUUAG